AAGAGCUGCCCCACUGGCUUUGCUGUGGUCAAGUUGGAUCGUCCUGCGGCCGGCCUGCGAGCUCGGCUGCCCCUGCGGCGGACGCUGCCCUGACCCGACGCCCUGCCUGCUCCCUCCCGCCUGCUGCAGGAUGAUGUGAGGUCGUGGACAUGGACUUUUCUCGGCUCCACACGUAUGCGCCGCCUCAGUGUGUGCCCGAGAACACUGGCUACACGUAUGCACUCAGUUCGAGCUACUCUUCCGAUGCACUGGAUUUCGAGACCGAGCACAGACUGGACCCCGUGUUUGAUUCUCCAAGAAUGUCCCGCCGCAGUUUGCGCCUGGCCACCAGCGCAUAUGGCACUGAGGGUGGCCGGGCCGGGGACGCUGACUCCCGACCUAGCAGCACAGCCUCCCUGCAGGACAGAGCGGCCAGAACGGUGAAGACGCGCAGCGGUGCGAGCAGGCUGGCUUUCCGCGAGGGCCGUGCCUCGAGGCAGCACACCUCCGGCCAGAGCAGCAGCGGGCACGGCUCCGCCAGUCUGCGGCCGCCUGUGCUGGACGAGUCUCUGAUCCAAGAGCAGACCAAAGUGGACCACUUCUGGGGUCUUGAUGAUGAUGGAGAUCUCAAAGGUGGAAACAAAGCUGUCAGUCAGGGAAACGGCGACCUGGCCGCCGACGCAGCGCAGAGCAACGGCUACACCUGCAGGGCCUGCAGCCUGCUGUCCGAGCGCGAUGCCACGCUGCCCGGGCUCCCCGCCUCCCACCGCGCCACCUCUAGGGUGUACUCGAGGGACAGGAGUCAGAAACGCGGUGCGUCUUUCUACGUGGAUAGGAUUCUGUGGCUGGCCACGUACACCUCGUCGUCUUUGUCAUCAUUCUUAGUUCAACUUUUCCAAGUGGUUUUAAUGAAGCUCAAUUAUGAAUCAGAAAAUUACAAAUUGAAAAGCUAUGAAUCAAAAGAUCGUGAAUCAGAAAGCUAUAAGUCAGAAAGCCAUGAAUUAAAAGUUUUGAACGGACGUGGUCUGCGUGUUAACCUGUACCCUUCGCUGCUCUCACCACCACCCACAGGCGAAGCCGCUCGGGGGACGGAGCACCUCGGAGCACACGCAGCCAGCCAGGUGCAGGUGUCCGGGACAGGAAGGGCAGCAGGCACCGCGUGGCCCACCUUCUCCCGUGCAGGUCGCUCCUCGACACAGAUGCUGCACAGGGUCGGAGCGGCCGGGUGGCAUGCGGUGCAGGCCAUGCUGUCGGCACUGUGGUCGGCCGCGAUGGCUCCAGGGAAGGCGGCCUCUGGAGCGUUCUGGUGGCUAGGGAGUGGGUGGUACCAGGUCGUCGCUUUGAUUUCCUGGCUGAACGUGUUUCUUCUCACAAGGUGCCUUCGAAAUAUUUGCAAGUUUUUAAUCUUCCUCAUCCCGCUGUUACUUUUACUCGGGGCCGGCCUUUCCUUGUGGGGCCAGGGCAGUGGCUUCCUCUCCCUGCUGCCCGUGCUCAGCUGGACUCACACACUCAGAACCCAGAGGGUCGAUGACCCCAAAGACAUGUUCGCACCGGACACUUCUCCCCUGAACCAGCCUCCAGAGGGCAUUGCCGAGGCCCCUCCCUGGAGUCGGAUGAGUGCGGUGGAAAGGCAGGUGGCCUCUCUGUGGGGACAGUGCCAGAGCCGCGACCAGAAGCUGAGCGAACUGACUGCUUCGCUCCAGACACUGCAAGUGCGGGUGGACCGGCUGGACCAGGGCGGCGCGGGGCUGUCGUCCUUGGUGCAGAGCGUGGUGGGGCAGCACCUGAAGGACAUCGGUGCCCGUGGGCUGCCGGGCUCCGAGGCCCACUCGGAGACCUUCCACCACGAGCACGGACUGCGCAUCUCACACCUGGAAGCAGUUCUUGGGAAACUGGCUGAAAAGUCUGAGGCCAUCCAGAAGGAGUUGGAGCAGACCAAGCUGAGGACAGAGAGCGGGGCCGAGCAGCAGCGGCACCUGCUGUCCGUGGUGACGCAGCUGGAGCGCGAGCUGGGCCUCCUGCAGUCGGAACUGUCAGCUCUGCAGCCCCUGAAGAGCAGCUGUGAGAAGGCCCACGAAGUCCCCAGCAAAGUCGAAGCCCAGGUCAGAGAGACCGUCAGACUCCUGCUGUCCGCCGACCAGCAGGACGGCGCUCUGGACGGGCUGCUCCGCAGGCUCUCGGCGCAGUUCGUCAGCAAGGAUGACCUGCAGGGGCUGCUGCGCCAGUGGGAGCUGCGGAUCCUGCAGAACAUCACCCACCACAUCUCCGUGACGAAGCAGCUGCCCCCUGCCGAGGCCGUCCUGUCCGCGGUGACCGAGGAAGGCGCUGCGGGGAUCACCGAAGCGCAAGCUCGCGUCAUUGUCAACAACGCUCUGAAGCUGUACUCCCAGGACAAGACGGGCAUGGUGGACUUCGCCCUGGAGUCAGGCGGUGGCAGCAUCCUGAGCACUCGCUGUUCGGAGACGUACGAGACCAAGACGGCCCUGAUCAGCCUGUUCGGCAUCCCGCUGUGGUACUUCUCCCAGUCCCCCCGCGUGGUGAUCCAGCCCGACAUGUACCCGGGCAACUGCUGGGCCUUCCGAGGCUCCCAGGGCUUCCUCGUGGUCCGGCUGUCUAUGGAGAUCCGCCCCACCAGCUUCACUCUGGAGCACAUACCGAAGACGCUGUCGCCCACGGGCAACAUCACCAGCGCGCCCAAGGAGUUCUCUGUCUACGGACUAGAAAAUGAGUAUCAAGAAGAAGGACAGCUGCUGGGACAGUUUGUGUUCGACCAAGAUGGGGAGUCACUCCAGAUGUUCCCUGUCCCGGAAAGACCUGAAAGACCCUUCCAAAUAGUGGAGCUUCGGAUUCUCUCCAACUGGGGCCACCCAGAGUACACCUGCCUCUAUCGGUUCCGAGUGCACGGAGAGCCCGCCAAGUAGGGUGCUGCUCACCGCUGUUGUACAUUUUGUAUAUACUGGCCCUCCCCUCGUGAUGAGGGCACAGGGAACAGGACACGUCACCUGUGAAUAAGCGUUGCCGACGGCCAGCAGCAGGACAUGGGGAUUGGAGCAAUAAAGGCUGUGAUGCCCACUGAUGUUCUGUCCGUAGGAAGCUGCGUGUCGAGUGCUAGGUUUCACAGAUCCGUUAGCAACGGGUCGGCAAUGUUCAUCUGAAUGUAUGUUCACUAAGACACUUACUUUGUUUCGGGGAUUUGUUUUUAAAAAGCUGUUUAUAUUCAUAUUUUCUUGAUGUCAGGAACAAAGCAGAUGAAGCUAAGAGGCUCGACGUGUUCUUGAAGUUCUCACACAGCCGUUCACUGGCCCUCCUCACAGACUUUGGGGGCAGAGAGAUAGUUUAUCUUUUCAGGGAAAAAUCAGUGUCACCAAAUUUCAGUCCUGAACUCCUUUCCUUUACUCAGCACUGGUAGUUACUUUACGUCACCAGGUGGGCAGAUGAUGAAAAUGUGUUUUUCUUCUUAGUUUGCUCCACUGAGAUUUUCCAUCAGCACUCUGUGCUCACACUCGGAACACGGGGCACUUCACUUCUCGGGGGUGAAGUGGGUCUGCUGGGGAAGGGGAUGGUCUGGGUGUAAACACAACUAAAGGGAGUUCUCAGGUCUCCACUGGGCUCAUCCCAUUGGGGUCGCCCUGGAGUUUCCGCUUCACGGUGUGAACAGGAACCACGAGCUCUUCAGGGUUUCUUUGGAAAGUAAACACUAACUGCUCCAGGUGAUCAGAACUGCUUUACCCGUGACGGGUCCGGGAGUGUCCCGCAUGGCAGGCCCGUCGAACCGUUUGUUCUCACGCAGCACGUGCACGGCUGGGGCUGGGGUCUGCUCCUCUGAAGGCUGUGGCCAUCCCCUUCCGUUCCUGUGAGACUCACUGUGGCUACGAUUAGUAUUUAAUAUUGAGACUAUUUAAAUAAGCAGACUUUAUAAAUGAGAUAUCCACAAGGCACUUCAGGUGUUAAGAUGUUUUACCUUAAAAUUAUUUAAGUUUUAUUGGGUUAAGGCAGUUUCCUGGUGUAUCAUAAAUGUCAUAUUUUCAGAAAAAGACAAAACGACGGUGCUGACAGGUUUCCUGGAGUUCUGUGUAUAUUGCUCAGCAGUCCUCAAAACUAGGUAGCUCUUCUCCACUCAGAAUUGAAACUAUGCAGUUCGGUUGGAUAAAAUGUAUACAGAUGUGUCCUAUAUUACAGGAUAAAUAUAUAAGAAUUUCCUAUAUAAAACUAAAUUUGGGAGUUGGGGUGGAAAUAUUUUGAAUAUUAAUUUAUUUUUAAAGAAGCAAGAUAGGACUUUGUGCAGUGUAUUUUUGUAAAUGCUUUUCCAAAUAUGUCUGGUAGUGCUGCUGUUGCUGCCACCAAACUGAUAAGAUGCUAUCGAAAUGUUUAAAUAAAGAGUUUUAAUUUUUAAAA